UACCACUAUAGCCACAACUACUCCCUCGCCACCUACAGACCCUUGUGUUCCAUCACCUUGUGGACCUCACUCUCAGUGUAGAGUUGUAAGCAAUACAGCUGCAUGUUCUUGUUUACCGAACUACAUUGGUCGACCGCCCAACUGUAGGCCUGAGUGUGUAAUAAGCGCUGAAUGUUCGAGUAAUUUGGCGUGUAUCAACGAAAAAUGUUCUGAUCCAUGCCCAGGAUCUUGUGGACAAUAUGCGCAUUGUAGAGUGAUCAAUCACAACCCAGUUUGUACCUGUUUACCAGGUUAUACUGGGGACGCCCUUACAUAUUGCCAACUGUUGCCUACUUCUACUGAAAGAUCACCUGAAGCUGUUGACCCUUGUUAUCCAUCACCAUGUGGUCCCAAUUCAGAAUGUAUCAACCGAAAUGGAGUAGCUGCAUGUACGUGUUCUACAGGAUUUUUCGGCGACCCAUAUACAGGAUGCCGAAGAGAGUGUGAAAAUAAUGAUGAUUGUAAUCUCGCUUUGGCUUGCAUUGGUUAUAAAUGUAUUGACCCUUGUCCAGGAACAUGUGGUUCUGAGGCAAUAUGCACCGUUGUAAAACAUAUACCUGUUUGCUCUUGCCCACCAUCAUAUACUGGUGAUCCAUUUUACUCAUGUCGCCCUAUACCAGUUAUUCCGACUCAAAGAGAACCAAUUGACCCAUGCCAUCCAUCUCCGUGUGGGCCAAACAGUCAGUGUCGUAAGGUUAAUGAUCAAGCUGUAUGCUCUUGUUUGCCCAAUUACAUGGGUAGUCCACCAGAAUGUAGACCCGAAUGCGUUGUUAGUUCAGAAUGUCCUUUGGACAAAGCUUGUACAAAUCAAAAGUGUCUGGAUCCAUGUCCAAAUACUUGUGGUAUUCAAGCCUUAUGUACGGUGAGAAAUCAUAAUCCGAUUUGUGCGUGUCCAGCUGGAUAUUCGGGAGAUCCAUUUUUACAAUGUGCUCCGAUACCUACAACACCAACACCUCCAGUUACUGAACGUCCGCCAUCGUGCUACCCAACACCUUGUGGACCUAACUCACAAUGCCAAAUACAAAAUGGAAUGCCAGCGUGUUCAUGUUUACGUGAUUUUAUUGGUUCACCACCGUCUUGCAGACCUGAAUGUGUUAUAAGUGCAGAAUGCCCAAGUCAACUGGCAUGUAUAAAUCAGAAGUGUCGUGACCCUUGUGUUGGUUCAUGUGGAUUAAAUGCAAAUUGUCAUGUAUUAAACCAUGUUCCAAUUUGUACUUGUAAUGUUGGCCACACCGGUGAUCCCUUCAGCCUUUGUACACAAAUACAAAUAACUACCGAACGACCAUUAGCUUCAGAUCCUUGUAACCCAUCACCUUGUGGACCAAAUGCUAUAUGUAAAGGAAAUGGAAAUUGCGAAUGUUUACCUGAGUAUACAGGAAACCCUUAUGAAAAUUGUCGUCCAGAAUGUGUAUUGAAUACUGAGUGCUCUAGGGACAAAGCUUGUAUGAGAAAUAAAUGUCGCGAUCCAUGCAUUGGAACAUGCGGACAAGAAGCAAAUUGUGAUGUAGUAAACCACAUUCCGAUUUGUUCAUGUCCUACAAAAUAUUCUGGAGAUCCAUUCUCAAUCUGUCGUCCCAUUCCAGAGGAUGUCCCUGUAUCAAGUGACCCGUGCAAUCCAUCACCUUGUGGCCCUUACAGCCAAUGCCGAAAUUCAAACAAUCAUGCAACAUGUUCUUGUUUACCAAAUUACAUAGGUUCACCGCCAUCAUGUCGUCCAGAAUGUACAGUUAGCUCAGAAUGUAGUCCAGAUAAAGCAUGCGUAAAUCUGAAAUGUAUCAACCCAUGCAUGGGUGCUUGUGGAUCUGGAGCUAGAUGUGAAGUUAUUAACCAUAGUCCAAUCUGUAGUUGUAGAGAAGGCCAAACUGGGGAUCCAUUCCGAAGUUGCUAUACCAUACCAAAACCAAUAAUACCGCCUCAAAACGAUCCUCCUAGAAACCCUUGUGUCCCGUCACCAUGUGGUCCUAACUCCCAAUGUUUAUCUUCUGGAAAUAAUCCAUCAUGCUCUUGUUUAACAUCAUACAUUGGAGCUCCUCCAAAUUGUCGACCGGAGUGUAUAAUUAACCCAGAUUGUCCAUCAAAUCUCGCUUGUAUCAAUAACAAAUGUAGAGAUCCAUGUCCAGGGUCGUGUGGCAGCGAAGCACAAUGUCAAGUAGUCAAUCAUGCGGUAUCAUGUCUUUGCCCAGCAGGAUAUACUGGAAAUCCAUUCAUUCAAUGCGUUAUUUUGCAAGAAGAUUUAAAUGCAUGUGAACCAUCACCAUGUGGACCAAACGCUAUAUGUAAACAACAAAAUGGAGCUGGUUCUUGCUCUUGCAUUAAUGACUAUUAUGGAAAUCCAUAUGAAGGUUGCCGACCAGAAUGUAUUCAUAGCUCAGACUGUCCAACAAAUAAAGCUUGCAUUGGAAAUAAAUGUAUGGAUCCUUGUCCCGGAGUAUGUGGAAUAGAUUCUGUUUGUACAGUAAUUAGUCAUGUACCGACUUGUAACUGUUUACCUGGUUAUAUUGGAAAUCCAUUCACAUAUUGUCAACCUCAACCCCCAACAACUCAAGCAACUGUGUAUGAUCCUUGUAAUCCAUCACCAUGUGGUCCCAACAGUCAAUGUAAAAGUGUAAAUGAACAAGCAGUGUGUUCUUGUCAAAAAGAAUACCAAGGAACGCCACCUAAUUGUAGACCGGAGUGUGUAAUAAACAAUGAUUGCCCAUCAAACAGAGCUUGUCACAAAUAUAAAUGUACCGACCCUUGCCCUGGAACAUGCGGAAUAAAUGCUCGCUGUGAAGUCAUCAACCAUAAUCCUAUAUGUACAUGUUCGCCUGGUUUAAUUGGUGACCCAUUUACAAGAUGUUAUCCGCAACCAGUAAAACCAUUAGAUGAGCCAGUGAUACCUACAAAUCCAUGUGUUCCAUCUCCUUGUGGACCAAAUUCUGAAUGCAGACCAAUUGGAAAUCAACCAUCAUGUUCAUGUCGAACCAAUUUUAUCGGUUCUCCACCAAAUUGUCGUCCAGAAUGUGCCGUUAAUUCCGACUGUCCUUCUACUUUAUCUUGUAUAUCAGAUAAAUGUAGGGAUCCAUGUUAUGGUUCUUGUGGUUUGAACACAGAUUGUAGAGUUCAAAAUCAUAUACCCACUUGUACAUGUAUUUCUGGACACACUGGUGAUCCAUUUACGCAAUGUAUACCAAUAAUAGUACAAUCGAUACCAACUACACCAACUGAUCCAUGCAAUCCAUCACCGUGUGGUUCUAAUACUCAGUGCAACAAUGGCAUUUGUAGAUGUUUAACCAAUUAUUUCGGAGAUCCAUUAAUAGGUUGUCGUCCAGAGUGUACAAUGAACACAGAUUGUCCAAGAAAUAAAGCCUGUUUGAAUCAAAAAUGUCAAGAUCCAUGUCCAGGCACUUGUGGUCAAGGAGCCACAUGUGAUGUUAUUAAUCAUAUUCCAACAUGUAGUUGCCCACCUGGAACUGCGGGUGAUGCGUUUGUUAUUUGUAGACCAAUUAAAAUUCAAGAUGAACCAUCUAGAGAUCCAUGUAAUCCAUCUCCAUGUGGUUCUAACAGCGUUUGUCGAGUAGUUGAAGGACAUGCCGUAUGUUCAUGUCAUAACAACAUGAUAGGAUCACCACCAUCAUGUCGACCAGAAUGUGUUGUUAGUGCAGAAUGUCCUUUAACUCAAGCAUGUCUCAUGAAUAAAUGCCGUGAUCCAUGUCCUGGAACGUGUGGUCAUCUUGCAAACUGUAAAGUGGUAAACCAUAGUCCGAUUUGUACUUGCCCUCCACGUCACAGUGGAGAUCCGUUCAGAAGUUGUUAUCCUGUACAAGAAGUUAAACCAUUACCACCUAAUGACCCAAUUAAUGUUUGUGUGCCAUCACCCUGUGGACCAAAUUCUGAAUGUAGAGAUCGCGGAGGAGCGCCAGCAUGUUCAUGUUUGCCAAAUUAUGUGGGAACACCACCUUCAUGUAGACCUGAAUGUACAAUUAAUCCUGAGUGUCCUAGUCAUUUAUCAUGUAUAAAUCAAAAAUGUACCGAUCCUUGUCCUGGUUCAUGUGGCUCAAAUGCUGCAUGUUCUGUUAUUAAUCACACUCCAAUGUGCACUUGCAAUAACGGAUUUAAUGGAGAUCCAUUCACAUAUUGUCAACCCGUCCCAGGUAAGAUCUUAUCAUGUUUGCAUGAAUUUGCUUUGCACAUUUGAGUUUGUUGAUAA